AAUUAGGAAUGCCGGGAGGUGGACAAAUGGCGCUCUAUAAAUACUCAAAUUAUCAGGACAUGACAGCAUCAGUCGAUACAUUGUUCAACCUUAAAUCACAUUACGAUAACCAGUCAUACCGACAAUGAAGUCUGUUGUACUUUUCGCUUUGUUCGUCGGUGUUGCGAUCGCCGCUCCCCAGGCCCCUACCGAACCCAUUCCAAUUUUGCGUCAAGAUAGCCAGAUAAAUGGUGACGGAUCAUACCAGUACUCUUUCGAAACCGGUAACGGAAUCAGUGCUGACCAAAAAGGUGAUUUGAAGAAGGUCGGUGAUGUCGAAGCUUUAGAAGUGCAAGGCCAGUUCCAGUACCCUGGUGAAAAUGGAAACAUUCAGUUGACCUACACCGCUGACGAGAACGGUUACCACCCCCAGGGUGAUCACCUCCCCACAGCUCCCCCUGUACCUGAAGCUAUCCAGAGGGCACUUGCAUACCUCGCCACUGCCCCACCUCAAACAGAAAGCUCAUAAAAAUGUAACACUUAAUAAUUAUUAAAACAUAAUAUAUAGUCUCCAAACGCUCUACUAGACAUUUAAUAAUAGACUAGCGUUUACCACAUAGAGGAACAUACAGUUAGUAAUUUAAAUAUUUUUUAUUUUUGUAGUUGAAAUAAACCGUUUUAUUAUAA